UUUUUGUUUUUUCCCUCCUGUUAUUGUUAAUUAUCAUUAUUAACCCGCUUCCGCCGCGCCCUCCCCGCCAAUGCCCGUGUGAGCGCCGGCACCUCGCGGGGGCCAUGGAGGGCUCCACCGGCUUUGGGAUCGACUCCAUCCUCUCCCACCGAGCCGGCAGCCCGGCCGUGCCCAAGGGGGACCCGGUGGUGGGGGACGGCCGGUCCCCGCUGGAGCUGAGCCCCCGCUCGGAGGGCAGCAGCGGGUGCCCCUCGCCCCGCUCACCGGGCCGCGAGUGCCUGGAGGCGGCGGUGCCGCGGCCGGGCCUGGAUGCGCAUCUCCAGCCGGGGCAGGUCUCGGCUCCCUCGCAGUCCCGGACCGUCACCUCCUCCUUCCUCAUCAGAGACAUCCUGGCCGACUGCAAGCCCCUGGCCGCCUGCGCGCCUUACUCCAGCACAAAUGGACCUCACGGCGGGCAGGAGCCGGCGUGCAGGAUCCCCACCAAGCCCGGCGAGGAUUUUAGGGAGAAAAUGGAAAAGAACACCAGCAGCUCCUCCUCGGACUCGGAGUACAAAGUGAAAGAAGAAGGGGACCGGGAGAUCUCCAGUUCCCGGGACAGUCCACCGGUGCGGCUGAAAAAGCCUCGCAAAGCCCGCACCGCCUUCACCGACCAUCAGCUGGCCCAGCUGGAGCGCAGCUUCGAGAGGCAAAAAUACCUGAGCGUGCAGGACAGGAUGGAACUGGCCGCUUCCCUCAACCUCACCGACACGCAGGUGAAAACGUGGUACCAGAACAGAAGGACCAAGUGGAAAAGGCAGACGGCGGUGGGCCUGGAGCUGCUGGCUGAGGCUGGCAACUAUUCAGCCCUCCAGAGGAUGUUCCCCUCGCCCUACUUCUACCCGCAGAGUUUGGUCUCCAACCUGGACCCCGGCGCCGCCCUCUACCUGUACCGCGGACCCAGCGCGCCGCCCCCCGCCCUCCAGAGACCCUUGGUGCCCCGCAUCCUCAUCCACGGACUGCAGGGCGGCAGCGAGCCCCCGCCGCCCCUGCCCCCGCUGCCCGGUGUCCUGCCCCGGGCUGCGCAGCCCCGGUGA